GUCAGUGCGGCGUGUGUGUGUCUCACUGAGCGUGUGUGAGUGUGUGUGUGUGUGUGAGUGAGUGACACAGUUACCCGUGGUCUCUCUCGCUCUCUCUCUUUCUCUCUCCGGCUGCCGCACUUUUCCUCCCUCUCCUCUCCAGCCGCACGGACCGGGCGACACGCUCCCUACACUAACCCGGAGCCCUGGCCGCCGGUGACCCGGGGAUCCUACUUCCCCCCCCCGGACAAACAGACUCGGGCCCCGCCGGCAGGAAAGGUGGAACUAAACUACAUUCAUUGACUUGUGAGCGAUGCACUGGCAGCAUGGCCAAGUGGUUCAAGGAGCACCUAGGAUUCAAAACUACCAAAGCACCCCCUCCGGCGCCUCCGAAGCCGGACUACAGGCACUGUCACACCGGUGUGCCCGGUGCGCCUGGCUUCCAGCAGGCGAGCUCCAACGCCACCUUCCCGAGCCCCGCUCAGCCGGACAUACUCGCUGCUUACAAACUUCAGAAGGAGCUGGACUUCGAGGACCCGUACACUCCCGGCGGAAACAUUUCGUUCGGGCCGGGCUCGAACGCGGUGGGGUCGCCGGACACAAAGUACGUGUCGCCCAAGCACCGACUUAUCAAGGUGGAAACAAUCGAAAAGAGCAGCCCGGCUCCGGGCGGCGGUGUAACCGUCACACAGGCUGUCGCUGUCGGGAGCGUUAAAUCUCCCACUUCACCUCCGGUGGAGCACGACAACAAGGAGAAGCUCAUUAUCCUUGAAGACUAUGCGGACCCUUUCGAUGCUGAGCAGGCGGGUGGCACACAGACCACCACGGAGAAAGUGACAACCGAGAAUGACGGCUACAUGGAGCCGUACGAGGCCCAGAGGAUGAUGGCAGAAAUCCGAUCUUCUGGACGAGCGCAGAAGGAAGGAUCUGUGAAGCAGCUGCCCUUGUAUGACACGCCAUAUGAACCAGCCGAGAACGGCGGCGACUCGGACCAUGAGCGCUCGCGCUGCCCAAGAGAAAGCCGACUGCCCCAGGACGAUGAACGACCUCCCGAGGAGUAUGACCAACCCUGGGAGUGGAAGAAAGAGCGGAUUUCCAAAGCGUUUGCAGCUCUGCUUUGUUAUGACUGCAUUAGCUACGAGGGCUCUGUAAGUGGCACUGGAUCAGGUCCCCACAGAAGAACGGACUGCACCUCUAAAUCCCUCACAGUCCAGUUCGAUGGCGUGGACAAGUCUCGAAUGUCUCCGACCAAGGAUGGGAAGAAUCGCCCGCUGCAGCGACACUCCAGCAGCUGUCUGGUCAACACUAAAAUGACGUCGCUGGACCACUGCAGCUCCUCUCUAGGAGAGCGCAUUGACCCCACCAUGCCCCUGGAAAGCCAGUUCUGGUACCAUGGAGCGAUCAGCCGGACAGAUGCAGAGUCUCUGCUCCGGCUGUGUAAGGAGGCCAGCUAUCUGGUGAGAAACAGCGAGACCAGCAAGAACGACUACUCCCUCUCCCUAAAGAGCAGCCAGGGCUUCAUGCACAUGAAGUUGUCGCGGACAAAGGAGAACGAGUACAUCCUGGGCCAGAACAGCUGCCCGUUUGACAGCGUGCCUGAGAUCAUCCAUUUCUACUCCAGCCGCAAGCUGCCUAUCAAGGGAGCCGAACACAUGUCCCUGCUCUACCCGGUAGCCAUUAGGACACUAUAGUGCCAUGGGUCACCUGCAGGCGUCGGCCCCCUGCAGCACUCACUGGACCACCCUCAGUGGCUCCACUCUUCCCGUCCACAGCCCUGCGGGCUCAUGGGAAGACGAACAGUGGCAUCCCAAACUGCUGAUCCUCACUCACCUCAAACCUGUUUUGAAGGCCUACUGCAUACUAUCUCAUUCUUACAGACUCAAUGUUUGCAAAAAGUCUUUAUUAUUUUAUGUUAUUAUAUUCUAUUUUUAUUAUUUAUGACAGUCACCCAAUUCAUUACGUCACAGACUGAGGAACAUCAUUUCAUUUAUUCUUGAGCUGACCCCGCCUGGCACUAAGCACUCACAGAAAAAGAAAGGUACAUCAUCAGACGUAACUUCUGUUCUAACAUGUUGUACCUUCUUCCUCAGUGCGUCAUGACAGUUGUGUGUGUGUGAUUUUCUCCUGUGGUUGGGCUCUGCUGUUAUUCUAAUUGUUGUAAGGGGACUUGAAGAUUGUAAGCGCCGUGUAAGGAAAGCGACUUUAUGGGGCACGUGAGGGAUAUUGUCCACAUGGGCGCCGUACAGUGUCCAGGAUAUUGAAUACAUUUGCCGUGUUAUUAAUGGUAUUUCCCCAGCUGCACGGAGACAACAGGCCUGUGAGCUGUGCAGAUUGAUCUCUCUAUCUUGUCAUAGUGCAUGCUGUCUGCUAUCCAUCACCGCGUGGGUGUAUCACAUCAAUGACAGUGUAAGUACCAUAGUGGUGAGACAGGCAGGGGAGCGUGAUGGAUGGGUCGUCCCAUCCAACACAGUACAAUUGGCCGAGGCAAGUGACCAGAGCCUGUCCAAAUGGACCAAAUUACCCCCGCUGCCCCUGCUUAGUGUGGCUUUGCAUCGGGAGAAUGAAAUAUGCCUGCAUUGUCUACCUCAGAAAAAUCAAUUUCAUUCGCCCAUCUGCAGAUCAAUAGGUACAAUGGGAUUGCAGACAUCGAUCUGCCCCCCCCUCCCCUCGACAUUCCCAAUCCCCUCAAAAUUACAUCAUUGCUUUUAGGAAUAUGUUUUUUUAAUACAAUUAAUCCAAGAUUUUUUUUUCGAAUGAAAACAUUUUCAUUUUCAUAAAUUUUCAUCCAGAUCCGCAAUUGUAUGUGGUCACUAAUAUGAUACUAUGUGAUGUCAGUAACAAAUGUUUGGUUAAUGCCUUAUAAUGCAUGGGUCAAAUCAGUCCGCGAGAUCAGCUGAUUUCUAAUUCUGCUUUUAUCGAUUGUGCUGUGACUGUAAUUAAUUCUGGGGUAAUUGUUACUGAUGUGUUACUCCUGUGUGACGCCCCCCCCCACCGGCCUCCGCCCUCAUCGUCCUGUGCCGAUGUGAUCAUGUUUUUUGGGAACUACUCCAGCCUCUACUAACUGUGGUGCUUUGCAUUUUCGUUGCUUCAAGUUCUGCUCAAUGCACGUUUGCCUCAGUGGCCACGACUCGAGUCACGGUGUCUCCUGACCAACGGGAUCGCCGGAGCCUCACGCGAGAGACAGCGGCCUAUUCUCCUCGGACCAAUCACAACGCAGCCUGUUUGAACCGGAUUAAGACCUACUUUUGACCCGUCAUGCUUUCUGUCAUCGACCCUUUACUACCAGAUGUGCAUACGUGUGUGAAUGUGAGUGAGGAUGCAUGUGUUGGGUGCUGGUGUGCAGAUGUGCACAGACUCUCUGAGCUCUAGUGUUUUUAAACCCGCUGGUACAAACUGGUGAGAGUUAUUGAUCAGAUCUCUCUUUUUUUCUUGAACUUGAAUUAAGCAACUAUGAGUCGAAAAUGUUCCUGUCGCGGUUUCUCAUUGACCACAUUUAAUUUCAGCAACUCGCAGUAAUGACCUGUACGUGUUGGGACCUGCUCUCUGCAGUUGCAAAAUUAAAUCGUUUUUUUGUUAAUGGGCAAAUCCUAAUCAAAUAAAAAUAAAAAUGU